CUCCAACCACACAACCCUUUCAUUCUGAUUCUUACUAUCCUUCAUCACAUUACCCUUGGGUAAGCGUAAGACGAGGCUCCAUUCUUGAAUUUAUGCUUCUAAAUAAAACGCCUGAGGAAAUAUCUGAAUGUUUUAAGGAUAUCAUUUGUUCCUUCUGUGGAGGAGAUCACCAUUUAUGUCUUUGCCCCAUCAAACCUCUAUAUGACCAUCCUUUCCGGGAAACUGCUUACCCCACUUCUUCCUCCCCACAAUUUACGAACACAAAUGUUUCAGUCACUCCCACGUCUUUGCCGAGCUAUGAGCCACAUGAUGAAGUGGAAGAGAUAAUUUCAGAGAAGCUGUCUGACCUGGAAGAAACACUUAGGCAAGUCAUGCAAGCAACUGAGGCGUGCAUGGCAAUUCAACAGCAAGCAAACACAAGGAUGCAGAACAUGGAGAAUCAAUUGGGGCAGAUUAUAAAGGCUUUAUCUGAGGAGUCCGAGAGAUCUCAUCCUAGAGACACAGAAAUUGAACCUGAGGAAACCAAUAGGGAUGAUCAUGUGAGUGAGUCGGACUGCGAAGGUGGGAAUAUGACGGAUGAUACACUUCCUGAUGUUUUUGAAUACCCUGAUGAGAACGCUGUUAACGAGAGUUGGGAUUCCUUCAUGGGGAGUGAUACAGAGUCCGGAGGAGAGGUUGUGAAUGUUCAUGAUAUCUGUGAGGAAGAAGAGGACUUUUCUAUGGUGCAGUUUGAUUACGGUGUUGCUCAUACUCCUUGUUUGGAGACAUGUUUUGAGCUUCCGGUGAUGCCUAGAGUAAUCAAAGUUUUCACUCAUGUUCCCUAUCCACCUGAAAACGAUGAGAGUUUCAUACUUCACUUCUGCACUAAUGAGGGUUAUGAAGACCAUAUGCUGCCUACGUGGACUGAAGAAUUUAAAGAUCUGCGCCACCUAAUGACAUUUGUUGAGAGGAAGCUGGAGACGUUGACUAUAAGUGCACCACUGCAGUCUUUGCUAUUUGAGAGCACAUGAGGAAGUUUCGUCGGGCAAACGACGUUAAAAAUAGUGCUACUUGGGAGGCAACCCAAGCUUAUUUCUGCACUUUUGUUUUUAUUUGUUUGUUUGCUUUCAGAACCCCCCCCCCCCCCACCAAAAAAAAACGGGGUGUUUUCUGUUUUUGUGGUUGUGUGUUUUGUUUUUGCAGCUCAGGGUCUUGCUUUGGGGAUGAUGUGCCGAGGAUCAUUGACUCAAUUUAGUUCUGCACCGACCAGCGCUAUAGGGAAGUUUCUUUGACUCUUUUCCUCGCUUGUUGAAAUAUUGACUUGAGUAAAAUUGAGCACGCGUGACCCUUUCCUCUUUACCCUCUUGUGCAUAGUGCAUUUUUGGUCAUCGAGGACGAUGCCAAAGUUUAAGUGUGGGGGAGUGAAUUGGGCAUUCGGGCAGUAGUUGUUACAUGUGAUUAUUAGAGUUAGCAUGCGCAGGUAUUAGUUGUAUAUUCGUAGAAAAGUCAUGUCAAAUUUUUUGAAAUUUUUCUUUAAACUGUGUCUUUGUGAGCUGGCUAGCGUUUCGACUAUGCUUUUAUGACAUUUUUGAAUUGUUUAGGCUUAAAUUACUUGCAUGGUAAUAUAGUUGUUGAAAGGAUGAAGGCAUUAGUCACCCAUUGAAUUUUCCAUUAAUCAUCCCCCCACCUGAAAAAAAUCCUUUAGGAGAAACUAUUUUGAGCCUGACCGUUUAUUGUUUAUCCAAUUAAUUGAGCUCCAUAGCCAAAUGGACCGUGUUUCCUUACCCGUGAAUAUUUCUGACAUAGUUUUGAUGUUUAGGGAACUAAGGGAUUAAUUUGUUAAGUUUAGGGAAUUUGUGUAGGAGCCAAUUUUGGCAUUGUUCCUAUGCCCCAAAUGGGGUAAGAGCUGUCAUCUUUUAGGAAUAUGAUACUUUCGAGGAUUGCAUUGUAGGCAUGGAUUCACUUUGAAAUUAAUGAACUUUAAUUGCUAUUUUUCCUUGGUGAGGCCGAGAUUAGAAUGGGGUAAUGUCUAGUGAGAAUCCGAAAGGUGAAAAAUUAAUAUAGCUAGACCUCUUACUUUGCGAAAAAGAGAAUGAGAGCCCCGGUCAAAAAGCGUAAGAUGAGACUUGGGUAUCUUUCGAAAGAAACGGCGUUCUCGUGCCAACAUGACAAGGAAAACUAAACAUAAUUAAUGAACUUGGAGGCUAUUAUAAAAAUUUAGCUUUAGUCCUCCGCGUACUUCAAGUAUACGUCAAAGCAAAAAUGUGCCGCGACGGUUUAGCUUAGUUGUACACCAUGUCUACUCUUUGCAUAGGUUUAGAUGAUUUUUCCUAAAUUGUGGCCUACUAAGUUCCUUGUUCUUAAAAAUAGCCCCGAAAUUCCCGAAUGCAUUGAGUCUUUGUCAGGAUAUUCCAAACUCUAAAAAAAAAAGAGGGACUGAUUUUGAUUAUCCAUUGACCAUUCACCACCACCUUCACAAGUCCUUCUGAUCAAUAGCUAGUUUAUUUGUGUACGUUGUCACUACUUUGAGGAUGUUGUGAAUAAAUUUGUCAAAUAGUUUAGCUUGAGUACAAAGAUGUAGUUUAGAGAUGAAUUUUCUUGGUUUAGUCUGCCUAUUCUGUGAAUAUCGCUUUAACUACUUGUGCAUGCUAAUUAUUUUAAUUCUGUGUGGUGAUUAUCGUAAGUCCCGUUGUUGAGUUUGCUUCAGGACAAGCAAAGGCUUAAGUGUGGGGGAAUUUGAUAAGUCCCUAUUUUGACACGUAUUUGAUGCGUGUUGAGAUCGGCUUUUGAUGAUUUUCCUAGAUUUAAGGUGUUACAAGUCUCAAUUUUAGCUCAAGUUAUGUUUACCGGGCGUUGGUUCGAGCUUUGUGUUGUUUGUAGUCAAAAUCAGGGAAUUUGAGCCCGGCACCGGCACUUGAGGAACAAUCGGGAUGAUUCGAGAGACAUUCAAGAAAGAUUUGAGAGAUUUGGAGGUCACCGGGAGGUUCACAAUGAAGAUUUGAAGGUAAACCGAGCUCUAGGAUUGGCUACGGGGUCAAAAGAAGAUGAAUGAAGCUUGAAAACGACGAUCAGGAUGACCUUCUGUCAAUCGUUCAAUCAUAUAUCUCUUUAGAAACCAGCAAUGGACCCGAUUCAAAGUUCAUAUGAAAGCUAACUUCAAGAGCUACAAAUCCUAUGAAGACACCUUUGCGAGAAUCUGAAAGGAAGAAGGUGAAAACAGAUGAUGAAGUCAGAUGAUCUCUGCUGCGAUUUCAGAAAGACACCUUCCACCGUUUUGAUCAUAUCUCUUGAUUGGAUGAUUCAAAUCACAUUCUGCGAAUUGGGGUGGAUAGAGGACUUCAUUAUCUACAACUUUCAUGAAGGAAGUUUUGUCAAAUUCGGAAGUUAAGUAGGAACGAUCGUGCCCUCAAAGUCAGACACGAUCGUGCGUGAAGAGAAAACACAGAGGAGUUACUGCCAGCCAGGCACGAUCGUGCCUAGAGGGAGGCACGAUCGUGCCUGCCCAAAAUGCGCGUUUUUGCUCCGGAGGCACGAUCGAAGGCACGAUCGUGCCUGGCUCCGAAAAUCCUAAUUCAGCUCAAAUUUCACCCGAUUUUUCUAUUUAAAGAGCCUGUAAACCCCGUUUUCAAGGGGGGAGCUUAGAGAGAGUGCCUAGCACGAAAUUUAGAGGGGUUUUCAGCCUUGUUCAUCAAUCUUUUGGUAUUCUUUGUAAGUUCCAUCUUUUUAAUUAAUGACAAUUAAUUCUUUUUAUUCCAAUUCUAUUGAUUCUUCAAUUAUGAAUUGUGAGUAGUUUUAAAUAGGAAUUUGGGAUUGAUGAAGGGGUUAAUCAUGAUGUAUGGCUAGAUUCUUUUCGGUUUAAUUGCAUGAAUGCCGUUUAAUUUGUGUUUGAAUAAUUUAAUUGAUAUCUUUUGUAACCUAGAAUCGCGACUAGAAUUACAAUUGCAUGUAGAAUAAAUUAAGAGAGAUCUAAUUUGUUCUAGGACACAUUCACACACACUUAAUCGUUCGCUAAGAUAUUAAUAGCGAUUAAGGGGCCGUAAGCUCGCUCGUCUUGGCAAUAAUUUAGGAUCCUGUCGCAUGAGAGAUCAGUCUGGUCCCUUAAAUUAUUGUACUCUACGCCGUGAGAGCGGUAAGAACUUAGUAAUGAUUAGCUAGGCUCAAUUAAAUUAAUUUCAUGUAAUUAGGCCUGAUCUGCCAGAAAUCUGGUUACCCCGGAAUCGAUCUCUGUUCCCUUCGUCAUUAAUUAGAAAGAACCCCCUAGUUUAAUUGUUCGCAUUAGUUUUAUUUUCCAAACCAACCAAUCUCGCACGACGCUUUUAUUUUAUUUUCUUUUUAAUCGCUUAAUUUAAUUAAUUCUUGAUUCCCUUUUGUCCGUCCCUGUGGAGACGAUACUCGUACUUACACCACUAUUUUACAAUCUUUUUAUGUGCGAGAAAACACUCAUCAUGUACAGAAGAAAAGGACGGAGGAUUGAAGAGUGACGAGAAAAAAAGGAUGACACCCAUCCCUGAGGGCCCCCCAACACCGACCGGACAACACGAUGGGAGGAUGUAAAUUGGACUAUAAUCACAAUCUGACAGAUAAAGAGUGGAGCUUCGUCCCCAGUACUUGCAGAGACCCUAUGCAUUUUUAGCAUAGUAACCUCUCAUCGCAGUUGCCAGGAUUCGAACCCGGGACCUAACUCUUGUGGCACUCCCUCGCUACCAGUUGAGCUACGC